AUGGAGAACAUUUCUACAGCGGUAGCAACCGUGGGGAAACUGAAACCUGAGAUUCGUCUGGCUCAAACCAUUUCAGAAUUCAGCGUUUCUCUCAAGCGCCAUCAAGAUGACUCUCACAUCCGCUUCAAGAACUUGCAGACAAGAAGUCCACCAACCGCCAUGGAGGUUUUGCAAUUAACAGAAGAGAUCAAUCGAGAUGGGGCUCACCGUCACCGGUCUUGGAGGCCCAACGCCACCCGUCUCGUCACUGUUCUGGAGAGAAUUCGUCAAUUUGCCCCUAUUGGCGACGUCCUUGUUGGAGGCGCCCAAAACCUCUUGGCGUCUGGGGUUUGGGCCACGGUCAGGAUGACUCUGGAGAUGUCACUGAGCUUCCUGUCAUAUUUCGACAAAGUUUCAACUCUUCUGAUGAGGAUUGGUAAAUCGUCUUCUCUCCACAAGGAUUUCGCCUUGCUAUUUCCCACCUGUCGUCAGACUCAGGCGUACAUGUGCGAGUAUGUCAUUGUUUUCAUCAGAAUAUGCAAAAAGAUCACCAUCGACGCCCAUAAAUCAUUUGCGUCUCACCUCGCAACGUCUUUCACUUCCACCUUCGACUCGGUCUUCAAACCACUGGAAGACGACUUGCUAUCAUGGGGUCAGUUGAUUGAAAAUCGCGUAGCAGUACUCGUUGCAAAGGCCAAUGUUGAAAGCAACUCAUCUUCUAUUGAGAGAUUCAGCCGGUUCCAGGUUAUGAUUUCCCGCGAUGCCGCUCAUCGGGACCGGGAAACGCGUGCGCAUCGACUUUUUGAAGCCUUGGCUCCCAAUCAGAAGGAGUUCGAGUCUAUUUGGACGAGGGAGCGAAAGAAAGGGACCUCUAGUUGGAUCCUAAACGACAAGAGCUACCAAGAGUGGCUGGGCACAAAGACUUCAGCAACGUUGUGGCUGCAGGGUAAUUUGGGGUCUGGAAAGACUGUCACCAUGGCCUCCGUGGUGGCAGAUUGUUUGAUCGCACAUAAAAAUCCUGCUGAGACUCUAGCUACGACAGAUCCAAGGAGACUCCAAUCUGUAGCAUUUUUCUUUUGCAAAAACAGCAAUCAAACAACCUUGCAAGACCACAAUAUCCUCGGCAGCAUUGUACAUCAAGUUUUGAGAAAUUCGUCUCUGGCCCGAUUCCUGGACAACUUUUUAGACGAACACGAAAUGAAGCAUCAAGUAUUCCAUGCCGAGUUUUGUAUUGACCUCUUGCUCUCCAUAACACCACCAGUCUGGCAAUGUGUACUGGUCCUGGAUGGCUUGGACGAAGCUCCUCUGGAAGAGGUGGAAUCAGUUCUCGGUCAACUUCAUCGACUUAUGCAAUUCAGACGAGUCAAACUGUGUUGCUCUUCCCGACCCACAUCUGGAUGCAAAUCCGUUGCAGCAUCGUCAAUUGGCAUCACCCAAACUAUUUCUUUCGAAAGUGUCGACAGAUCCGAAGACCUGGAAAGUUACAUAUCGGCCGAGGUCGAAAACUGGAAGCUCAUCAGGCCAAUAUCAAGCAGGCUUGAACAGCUAGUCAAGGAACAGCUACUAGUACGUUCUCAGGGCAUGUUUCUGUGGCUCUCACUGCAGAUUGAGGCCAUUUGCCCCAAGUACACUCGAGAACUUCGUUCUGAGUCUGAAAUUCUCGACAUCAUCAACAAUCUUCCCCGAAAUCUUCCACAGGCGUUUGAUCAAGCAAUUUUAAGAAUCCCGGACAUGAAGUACGGAUCGCGAGUUUUCCAGCUUAUCGCGUCAGCAGACCCAUGUCUUUCACUGGAUGAGCUUCGUGUGGCUCUGAACGUCCAACCCGGAUCCUCGAUCUGGAGUUCUUCAACUCUGCAUCCCUCCGGAUUCACUUUGGCCUCGACAUAUGGUGGCAGUCUAUUGGAGAUUGACGAGGAGGACUCAUGUAUCAGGUUCAUUCAUCACAGUGUCCUGUUACACCUCGUUCAAGCCCCGGCGUUGCCUGCAGCUUCUCCUUACCACUUUCAUCUGCAUCAAGCAGAGUUUGAACUCGGUGCCAUCUGUGUCACUUAUCUCAACUAUGGGGUAUUUGAGAAUAGCAUGUCACAUGCCCAGAAUGUUUCGUUUGACAAGAUUCCUGGUACUGUGGCAAACUCGAUCUUAAGUCCAAAUGCCCUGACAAGAAGACUCAUUUCCCUUAUGUCCCUCGACAGGCGAGCUAGAGCUUCCAACGUAGAUCUAGAGCGAUUGAACUAUGACCUACACCAGUAUCGAUCAGAAAUCCAAGACGACAUCCAUCUGUUCCUCCCUUAUGCCAGCAAACACUGGCUCAGACUUACCAAGUGUUUCUCCGAGGCUAUCGACCCAUUGAUUUAUUCACUCUGGGAGAAUUUGGUGUCCGGUUCUGUAUCGUCCGCAUCAUCCAGCCUCCCUUGGUCUCCAGGCUCCGUGGCCGGUGCAACGAAAUGGUCCCUCUACAACCGUCACGGACCAUUGUUCCGACAUCUAUUGGGUAGCUCCGACGCCGUCGUCGUCAAGGAAGUCCUUCGGAUUACACUCACAGUGAUCAAACAGUAUAAAGUGGACCUGGAAACAGCAACAGCGGAGGCCUACCCCAUUAUCUCAAGACUAAAUGAACUACACCACCACUAUCUACGCCACGAGUUCUUCCUAUCGGGAGAAGACGCUGGGCUCCUGGUCCCCACGUACCUACUACAUAUGGGUCUCGAUGUACCAGUGCUCAAUUCUUUAGUCGAAAUGGAAUGCCUGCCUUUUGGCACCGGCGAUAAAUAUUGCCAGUUCAAAGACCCAGUUGCCGUCGAAAUGGCUCUCGGUACCAUCGCCCGACAUGGGAUACCAAGAGUUCUACUUUUCCUUCAACAAGAAAGUCAAGAGGAAGCGGAAAGGGACAGAUGCAUCAAAUCUGCGCUACUUCUUGCGCACUAUCUUCCCAGCAUUGAUACUACCCUUAGCAAUGGUUCCACCAUUUUACAUACCGCUAUCAAGCAUGGAUUUGAGGACCUUGCAGAAACACUGCUCAAAGACCGAGGAGCAGAUCCAGACGGCGCCCGUCUUCAGGGCAUCUCCAGCCCCUUGCAGCUGUGUCUUCAAAAGAAGUUCAGGCAUCUAGCUGUAAUACUGACCCAAAUGGGGGCUGACAUCAUCGCGACGCCAGACAACGGCCUUCCUCCAUUCUUUUUAGCCAUGGGUUUACGUGAUUUGCGGCUUUUUGAUGCAAUGUGGCACGGAAAUCCCCAUCGAUCAUCCCGCCAAUACGGUCCAAAGAAAGAAACAGCGUUCCAAUUUGCGUGCAGGGUCUACUGCGAUCCGAUUAGCAAAGACUAUCCAGACAUCUCAGAUGCUCUCGAUAACAUCCUCGCCAAGGACCCCGACGUGAACCGUCCCAACGGUGACGGUGAAACCCCGCUGAUGAUCACUGCCAUGACGGGCAAUCUUGAGUUGAUGGUACGACUCUUAGACCAAGGGGCGGAUCCAACACUUGCGGGUGUUAAUGGGGCAACGCCUCUUCAUCUGGCAGUGGGGGAUACAGUUGCAAAGCUGCUUAAGGUUGGUGUUGACCCGAACAAGGUGACACCUGAUGGCGUAUCACCGCUCAUGGUGGCCUCACUCCUAGGCGACAUUGCUGCUGUCAAGAUCCUCAUUCACGGUGGUGCGCUGCGUUUCCAGGCUGUCGCUGGUGCGGGGCCUCUGUCAGAGGGUGGAAAGGCACUCUUCAGAAUGUCAAAGAGAUGCCCGAGAUUCUACGACGCGGAAAGCUCUACUCGCAAUGCAACAGUAGACAAGAUCGAGGCAGGUGAUACAGCCCUCUCACUCGCCAUAGCUCGGCUGGAGUUUAUGACUGGCGAUAAGGAGCAAAUCAGUCGUCUACGUCAGAUUGUGAAGGACACUGUCAAUAAGGAUGACCAGAAAAAAGUCAGGGCAAAGGUCACGCAUAUCACGGAACGAUGGGAUGACUUCGAGACGAUUGUGCUUGAAUUGCUCUCACGGAAGCAUGGCGCAGUGCUUUGGCCAGAGAGGGAAGCUAUCACGCGCCGGUACCGACACACACAUUGCUGGCAAACAAUCUUAGUCGCGACCCGUUGA